AUGACUUUUUCAAGCGAGAUCCCCAUCGAUCCAGAAACAAAGCUCGACAACUGGGAUUGUCCCGACGCUGUCGACUUCUGUCGGCUUGAUGAUACUGUUCAACACGUGCUAGAGCACAAACAGCUUCCAGAAAAAUACAGAUCGAACGAAGAUAACAACACGCAUGAUGGAUCUGCGACUCUGUCCAAAGAAGCUCUAGAACGGCUGGAAGCUGCCAUUGCAGCUAUAAAUCAAGACGAUACAUUAUUCUUGAUCGUGGAUGGAUUUAUGCUCUUUUGGGAUGAAAGACUUUGUGCUCACUUGGAUUGCAAAGUUUUCAUUACCGCUUCUUAUGACACAUUGAAGCAGCGAAGAGAAAGCAGACAGGGCUAUGUUACUACGGAAGGUUACUGGAAGGACCCUCCAGGAUAUUUUGACACGAUUGUAUGGCCACAAUAUAUCAAAUGGAACAAACAUUUGUUUGUGGGAGAGGAGCAUUCGGAAAUCGAACAUAAAGCGGUUCAACACGUCCUUGUUUUGGAUACGGAUAAGCACUCAAUCGAGGAAACGGCAAAUGCAGUAGUUGAGAAGCUUGUAACUACAUUUUGA